AAAUCUAUUGUCUCUUACCAAACAAACCACAUAAAUAUUACUGUUUAUUUACAAUAAUAUAUAUAUGAUCUGCAUGUGUGUAUGUGUGUAUAUAUACACUGAAACAUAUGUUCCCAGUUCGAACAUUGUUUGUCUCGGACAGAUAUCUCUGAAUAACCCAAAACCCAUAAAAAAAAAGGGAAGAAAAAGCAAUAUCCAUCCUCUAAAAAUAAAAGAAAAAAAAAUCAAGAAUCCGCCAUGGAAGAUCAAAAACAACCAGCUUGCAAGCCUCUUCCUAUAGAAAGCUUUUCAUGCAGUUGGUUAGUUAACUUCCCAUCGUUGGAAAACAUCGGCAACUCAACAAGGACAUCUGUAGAUACGUACGAUGAUUCUUGUUCUUACAUCGAGAUGGAUCCGAGGUUGCCUCCUUCUAGAAGAUUCUUCGUCAGCCCUAAAGAUCGGAGCUUCAAGUUCGACAACUUCUCCAACUCCGAGUCCUUAGCCCACGCCGACGAGCUCUUCUGCGACGGCUACGUCAUGCCUCUAUCCACUAACUCCGCCGAGGAAUCUCAGCCGUUGGAUUCACCGUCAGAGAGGCCCGAGACGAUGAUGAGAACCGUCAGAUUGACGAAGAGCAAGUCGUCUUCGUGUUCAAGGAGGUUUCGGAGUGUGUCGAAGUGUGUUCUGUUGAAGUAUAUUGAUUUCUUGACGCCAUUGUGUCGAAGAAUUCGGAAUUGCAAAGCUUCUAGACCAAACGGAAGCAAUGGAACGAAGGACGGUUACGAUUCGAGGAUUCGUGUCACGAGAAACCGAGUUUAUUCCGAUGAGACGACGACGGCAUCUCCGAGGAUGAGCGUCGCUGAAGACUGGAGAAGAUCUUGUGACUCCGAGAGCUCGAUCUACGAGGCUGUUCUUCAUUGCAAGAAAUCAUUUGCAGGAAAAUGAGAGGAAUCCAUGGCCGAAAUGAGAGCAUGCAGGAGCAGAAGUAGAGAAGAAGAUAAGCUUGAGAGAAGCAAAUAUACACAAACUACACAUGGGAAGCAAUCAAGACGGAGAGAGAGAGAGAGAGAGAGAACAACUUGUAAUCUGUCUUCUUGUUCUUUCUUUCUUUCUUUCAUUUCUCUAAUCUCAUGAGAUUGAUGUGAUAAUGUGGAUUGUGUCAUGUGACGUGGAUCAAGAAUGUUUGUGCUUUUACAUGAUUGGGCAAAUAGGGUUUUUUUUUUAAUCAUUAUUGGCUCAGCAGAAUCAGAAAUUAUAUAUUUUCAUA